GAAUAGUGUAAUAAACAACAUGGCGGCGAGUCGGUGCUCGACGAAAUUUAAAAUGUAACAGAAGACGAGAAGUUUGUUUACCAUUGCAGAAUUGAAGAAAUUUUGUUCAUAAGAAAUGGAUACAAGUAUCAGAACUUUGCUUACCAAAGCACAGGCUUUCAUAGGUCAUGAAAACAAUCAACAUUUACACCAAGCUUAUCAGUUACUUAGAAAUGUUGCCGAAAGCAAACCAGCAGUGGAUACUCCCGAGUCUUUUGGCUCAGAUUUAUAUGUCAUCUGCGCAGAAACUGCUUUUCAGAAUGGAAUGCCUGAUAUGGCCAGAGAAUGCCUUAAAAUGUACUUCAUGAAACCCCCACCAGCCAACCAGUUUUUAUGCAGAGCAUAUUUAUGCCAGGCUCAGCUCCUGGCUCCAAAAGAAGCCAACUAUCCUGAACAACUUGAAAAAGCAGUAGUGUACCUUGUAAAAGCAAUAUCAUUUGCCAAGAAGAACCCAAGAUAUCAUUUUUUGGUGUACAAUGCCUCGGUGAUAUAUUGGCAGUUUUGUCGCCCCUUCCUGAAACAUAACUAUCGUCAGUAUUUAGCACGUAGUCUGCACCAAGUUGUCAAGGCACUAGAUGAUAUUGAUGACAAAGAUUUUGAAUGGAGGGCUCAGUUGAUGAUAGCCCUAAUGGAGUGCCACUUGGAUGCAGGAAGAAAAACGGAUGCCUCUAGUGUGGCUGGGGCUGCUGCUACAUUUAUCAAACAGAACGUACCACACCUGUACAAACAGGUGUUCGGUCUCAUUGUGAGAAAUCAACUGCUGGACUCAUCAAAACUCCAUAAAGACGUCAAAAAUUCUCCAGAAUUGUCUGUUUUUUACAAAAUUUUAAAACUGAAAGUUUCUAGUGACCUGAAUGAACCUCGUGAGUUCUACAGUGAGAUUCAGUCCAUUUUGAAUCAGAUGGGAGUAGCCCAUACCAGCACAGUUCAGGUGGAAACGCCCACUGGCAAAGGUUCAAAGUCCAAAUCUAUCCGUACUCACUCUCCAGGACCUGCUAAAAUGGAGGAAUUAGAGAAAGACAGUUCAGAAUUAAGUCAACAAACUUUGAGUGACAGAGAAAAUUCAGAAGAAGAUCUGAAAAGCCCCACCAAAGGAACUGGACGAAGAACCCCCACCCCCACAACUACAAAAAGACUGGCCACUGACAGUGCAGAUAAACUUGUUUUGCCAGAUGAAGAAAGACCAUACCUCCUUCUGGAGUUGGCCAGGUUCUGCGUAGAACUGGAGUUUUCGGAUCUGGCACAGGAUUGCGUAGAUCACAUGAAAACCUGCGUGGUUAAGGACCCCAGUUUCUACCUGGAGCUGGAGUUUCUGCAGUGUGAACUGAUGGUCAGAAGUCUGGGAGACAAACAGGAGACCUUCAAUAAAUCAGUUGUAGAUUUGAGAAUUCAGGCCAUAAAGCGGUGUGAGGAGACUAUUAUGAAUGCGAUUCGACAGGGAGAUCCUAACGUGAUACAGGCGGGCUGUGUGACUCAGUGGAACCUCAUCCUCCCUCUGCUACAACCAAACCUCCGCAAACACGCCAGGAAACCUCUCACUCUGCUGGCCGAGGCCCUGGAGGACAUACAAAGUUUGUUGAUAAGUUUGAGGUGCCAGGUGCACACAGAACUCUCUAAGUGUGAGGAGGACCAGGAGCAAAUCCAAGUCGCCAUGGAGCACCUCAAAAAGGCACUAGCUCUGGAUGAUGGUGGUCUGUAUAAGGAACGAUUAGAGGUUUCUCUACACAGACUAGAGCUCCGGGCCCAGCUCUACCAGCAACCAGAGAGAGCAGAGGACAUGGCUGCCAUGAUAAUUGAGCAGGCUCGUAAAGCUGACUCCGGUACCAUGAGAAUGAAGAGGUCCCUGUUGGUUAAGGCAGGAGAGGCUCUGGCCCCGGAUGCGUUCCAGCUGGUGUUGGACAGUGAGAGUGAUACCAAAGAUGUCACGGGAGGCAAAGCACCUCAGACAGCAAUCCAAAAAUUGGCGAAUAAAGCGAGACAAUUUAACAAGUGUGUAAGAAAGGCUGAGGGCCAUCUCAAGAGACUCGGGGAUGAAAAUGACAGAGAGAGAGUUGAAAAUGAUAGACAACAAGCUCGACUUUGGGGAGACCUCGCCAAGACAGCUAGGAAACAGGAAGUGUGGGACGUGUGCCGAGUGGCUGCCCGAUUCUGUCUUCUUUAUGAUGAUGGAAGAUGGAAAAAUGUCCCACCACCAAAAAUGGAAAGCCCAAAACCCUCAGAGAAAGUGAAGACUCCAGCGCCACCUGUUGAACAAUCAACCACAGGAACAGGAAGUGAAGCAACUCCCUCUGGUGUUGAAUUGUCAGAGAGGAAGAGCCGUAUGAUGACCCAGCAGUCCCAGCCGGGCAGUCGGCCCACAAGUCCAGAUAGAAUGGUGCCAUUGUAUGACAAGGACCUUAUAAGAAUGCUAGCAGAGGUAGCAUUCAUCCAAGGGGAGGCCACGGUUCAUCUACUGAGAACAGAAGGGGUGCAGCUGAAUGAUAUGCCUAUCCCCCCGGUGGACAAGAGCAAGCGACCGAAAGGCUAUGUCGCCAAAAAACCAGAGGAGGAUCCAGACUGGAUUGAAUACUGUGACUGGAUCAAGUCCCUGUCGGAUGACACCACUCAUAGUUUCCUCAGGGGUCUGGAGUUAGGGGUGGAACUAGAGGAGCCAUGGCUGGUGUGCAGCGCUGCAGCAUACAUCUGGAAUUACAACAACCAUGUACUGACACAAAGAAGACAUAGAGAGGUUAUGGACACCUUAACAAAGGUCAUAGAGGGAGUCAAGAAAGUAGGGCAUGAUGGGGAAACCAUGAUGCUGGUAAAUAUCUGUGGAGCCCUUGCCUUUGCUUUGAUGUGUCCAUGGAUUCCAGAUGAACCAGUUAAAGAAAUGCAGGACCCCUCCUCCCCUUCCCCCAGUGGGGCCCCAUCUCCAGGGGGAGGGAAAAAGGGAGGGAAACCAGCUCCUCCAGCUGCCUCCCCAGCCAAGGGGAAAGCCCCAGCCCCCAGUUCACAGGUCACCAUCAGCCCAGAUGCUGUUUCUGAUCUGAAGAAAGCAAUUGAGGUGUGUGAAUAUGCUAUAGAAGUCACCAAUGGAAGUAAAGAGGCAAACGUUGUUCCCAUUGGAGUAAGACAGCCACUUCUACAGACCUGGGUCCUGGCAAAACAGAUGGCACAACAACAGAUUCCUAAAACGCUGGGAGCAGACGAUGAGCCACAUUCUGAAGGUCAGCGGCAGAUGACCAGGGCUAUUGUGGCCGUGGAACUGUUGCAUGUGUCAAAGAAUGGAAUCAUGGAGUUCAAAGAGACACCUACUGUCAAUGAGAUUGCCAACAUGAUAGAGGAGUGUAAGUGGUCAGAUAAAUUUGUGGAGCUGCAGCUGUGGACCCGCCUGGCCUCCCUCUCUUAUCAGGGCAAGAACCACCCGCUGGUGGUCAAGUGCAGCAAGAAGGCUCUGAGGUUUGCCACAGUUGGCACACAACCAAAGAACAGGAAAAUGGAUGCUCACCGAUAUGCUGUGGAACAGGAAAUGUUGUCAUAUGCCAGCGGUGUUCUAGGACAGAGUCUGAUCGACAACAUGUCUGGUAAAAAUGCCAUCAGACGGGAAGCUCUAGAGGCAUUCUUAAACAGCGCCAGAUUUGCAAGAAAUGCAGAAAAUUAUGAUUUGGUAAUGACAGCUGUCCGUCACUACUGGAAUGCCUGCCUACCACUUGUCAGUCAACCAAUAGAAAGAGAGCUAUUAAGGGAACCAAUCAAAGUGAUGCUACAAUGCAUCACAGCCACAGCAGAGAAAAUCAAGAAGACAGAGGAGAAGACAGAGGAUGACGAAGAUGAGGAGGGGGGUGAGGACGACCAGGGGGUGGAGACUGCUCCUGAGAAACCGAAGAGUUCCACCAUUGGCAGUCCUGAGGAUGACCUGACCCUGAGGGCCUCUAUGUAUGGGGUUCUGUUCCAGUCUUAUGCUGACAAGGAACAAUGGGAGGAAGGACUUCAAGCCAUGGACCAAGCCAUUAAUGACAUGCCACGUACAAAACACAGGCUACUUAUAUUCAAGCAUCGGGUUAUGACCAAAGCAAAACUUGGACGAAGGGUCAAUAUGGAUAUUCAGAAAUUCAAGCAUCUUGGGAGGAGAGAUGAGAGUGAAGAUUACGUAGCUCACAUGUGGAGAAGGGUAGCCUUAAGCUCCAAGGAGACUCUAGAACAACUCAUCUCUUACCAGGCGGCCAUCGAGGCUCUCAAUAGUCCAAGCAAUGAGUGGCUUAAGGUGGACUACUUGCUGGAGUUUGGACAAUGGCUGUACUCUAAUGAAUUCCCCCUGCAGGAUGCCAUAGACCAAUUAGAAUGGGCAGUGGAUAUCAUGCUUAACAUGAAAACGGAAACGGACCUGAAGAAGGAAGCAGAAGCAGCAUUGUCUUCAGUUGAUACAAAAUCUACUCCAAAGAAAGGGUCGGCUGGGAAACGUGGCAAAGGAGCUGCAAAAGGAAAGGCAGACAAGAAGAAACCAGGGAGAAGCUCUGCCAAAACCAAGCCAGCCCCACCCCCCACUGUCAGUAAAACUCCUGUCCCAGGGGACAAGGCUUCAGAUGCUGCCUCAGACAGCAAGAGUGUGACUAGUGAAACAGACAGUGACCUCAUGGCAGAGGGCAUUAUACCUAUUGCUAAACAGGCUGUGAUUGGUGUGUUGCCUAACAACCCUUCCCUUACUAUCAAUGAUCUGGAUGAUGUCAAACAGAUUGAUGGGCUAUUUAGAGCCCAUGUACUGCUGGCGGAGUUAGCUGGUCGAUCCUCUCCAGACUACAAGGACUAUCUCCUACAGGCCCAUGCAUAUCUUAUAAGGCUCUGGCAGAUUACAGUUCUGAUUUCUGGUCCGGUCAUGAAGGAAAUUGCCAAAAAUCCCCCAGCGGCAGCGGAUGACAAAAAUGCUGCCUCAGCCAAGGGUAAAGGCAAGGGUGGGAAGGAUGAAAAGAAGGAUGCAGUGAAAGAGAAGCCAAAGAGGAAGGGCCCACUGGACGUUCUACCCACAAUCGUGGAGGAAUGGGCACAGUACGACCUACCUGACGAGGUUAUUGAAGCGUUCCACCAUGACAUGAUGAAGGUGACAGGAAUUAAUUCCCAUACCAUUCAGAAACCAAUGCUGACCCUGCACUACCUGGACACUCUGGUGGAGUGUCUGCGGGAUGUUGGCUACAAUCACCUGACACUGCCAAUCUUAGCAUUUGAAGAUUUGAUGUCUAGAGACUUACUGAAAAGUGAACCCCUCCAUGUUCUUGUUCAUUCUAAGGCAGCUGAAGUAUGUUUGGAAUUGAACUUGAAGAACGGAUAUAAUUACCAUGAGAAAUUAGCAGGUCCUGUGGUACUAAACGAGGAACACCAGGCACUGUCAAGAGAUGAAAUAGCCCUUUGGCAAGAGAAACAGAUUCAGGUGGCCCGAGAAGAAGCAAGGGUCAAGGAGUCAUUGGCCAAACUAGCCGAGGAGAGCAAGGGAAGUCAGCUGACCAGGAGAGCGACCAACAAAGGCGGGGUUUCUGUCAUUGAGAACAAGGAGGAGACAAUACAAUCUCAUCUGGGUAAAACUCUGGGAAACAUCACCUACAGAGACGUGUGGACAGACACUGCUGAGCUGCUGAUUAGACAGUGUCACUACCAGAGUGCCAGAGAAUUCCUGAAUGAAGCCAACAAUGCAGCUCUGGCAUUUGAAGACAAUGUUUUACGAGGACGAAUCCUGUAUCUCCUGGGACAGUUGUCACUGGAGGAGGCUCAGUACAAGCAGGCUUUUAAUCUGGCUCUGGAGGCACAGGGUACCUUUAAUGGAGAUGAGAUGUUCUGGUACAAGACUAGUAUGUUAAUGGUGGAGGCCACAUUGAAGGACUAUGAGAACAGAAGAAGACAGAGGAUUGCUCGGGGAAUACUUGUUCACACCAUCAAUGAGUUUCACAGGAUUGCUGACGAAAGACCGAACAGGACUAGCAUCAAUGUCUUCAUCCUGUCUAUGAUGGAGGCCAAAUUAGCCAGUGUACAGACCCAGGUGAUCCUCAGUGGUGGGAAAGACAUCAAUGAUCCCAAAGUCAUGACGAAAAUGCUGUCAGCAUGUGAGAAAUUUGAAUCCUCAAUAGAGAAACUGAUUAAGCUAGGUUAUAAGAGGGAGGUGUUGCCCGUGAUGAAGGACCACGCACUGGUGUUGUGUAACAUGGCCAGGCAUUCACUGGAGAAGGAGAUUAUUCAUACAUAUUAUAUGCAAUCCAUGAUGGUGCUGAAGGAGGGGGUCAGUUUGGCUGAGGAGGCAUUCAGGGACACAUUGACCCUCACUUCACUACAGGAAGUGCGCAACGUGAGCUUACCUAUCCAGCGUGAGUUAGCAGACAUGUACAUUUCAUGUGGUGAUGUCAUGCUCGAGAUGUUCCGAGUUCAUGCCAAGGAAACUCGAACUCAGCAGCUGGAGGACCUGAGGAAAGGAUCCGUUGUCAAGAUGGUGGAAGACUUUAUAAGAACAACACCACAAUAUUAUUCUCACAUGGAAAAAGAAUGGUUGGAUGUUACUAAGGUAAUUGGCGAGGAUGCUCUGCUGAAAUACGUUUCUGCUCACAACAUUUCUGGACACAUUCCUAAACUCAGGGCAAGGGCUCUAUGUGGAGUAGGAAAAUGUUUGCAUGCCUUUGCCUUGUUUGCUAGUCCUGACCCGCCCACCCAGUGGGUGGUGCAUGAAAUGGAGUUGAGCAGAAUAGAACAGCCAGAGGAUCAGAGCUCAGAACGGAGCGAGGAUCCUGAGUCCAACCAAUUCCUACGCUACACCAAGCAGAUCAAGAAAAUCAAGAAACAUGAUGAUAUAUGUCAUCACUAUUUGGCUCAAGCUUCAGAGUGCCUUGUGCAGGGACUGAAUGUGGCGUUACAGAAUCAUUUCUGUGACAUUGCUGGCAGCAUAUCUUUGGAGUUGGUAGAAUGUUGUGGACAAUACGACCCUCAGUCAGCCAGUCUCUUCCUAGCUUUAUACCAGAGUUGCUCCGCAUCCAAUGAGCUGGAGAAACUGUUGAACCAAGCCCAAAUGGACCCCUGUACAUCACGCUUGGCUGCACUACUGCACCAGAGGAAAGCCAUGAUGGACAGAGAAGUCGGUCUGAACCUUUCCGUCAGCGGCAUGAUGAACACGGUCACACAGUCUCUGGAGAAGAACUGGCAGGCCUGGAAAAAUUUGGAGGUCCAAACCAAUCAUUUGGAACUCCUCAAGGAUCUUCCACCUCACUUCAACUUUAUUAUUCUCCAGCAUUCUCCAGACAGGUCCUUUUUGUAUGGGGCUGUUUUGGAUAGACCUAAGAAUACAGCUCUGGGAGGUGGAGGUGGUAAAAAUCCCAAGCAACAAGCCGCACCAACACACAGUCGGGCUAAGGUGUUUGGGGCAGAGACCAGCCCUCAGCUGUUGGAUGAGCUCCUGACGAAGUUUGAGGAGCACCACCAGAACGUCCAAACACUUCUAUUGAAGCAGGAGUAUCAGCGAUCCCAGGCCAUGAUGAGGCAGAAAAUGUUGGAAAAUCUGGACGAAAGUCUCAAGAAACAGACACAGCACCAUCAUGAUGAGGAAGAUCAAGAGGAAGAAGCCAGACUUCAGGAAGAAUUCAGAAAACUCCUAAAGGACAUGGAGGCUUAUCUCAAGCCCCUCACAUCUCAGCUCAUGGGAAUUCUGACUCCCCCUGUGGUGACCCCCACCAGUACCGGUAAGGACAACAAGGGACAGCCGGACACCCCUCCCCAGGAGUACGUCAUUCUGUUGGUAGACUCCAUGUUGAUGCACAUGCCUCUGGAGGCUCUAGAAUUCCUACAGGUGGAGAAUAUCACAUCGAUGAGUAGAGACUUCUCUCUGUCUCUGUUUCAUCAUAGGUUCUACAAGGAUGAAGCAACAGAUUCUCAGUUACAAGGAUCUCGUAAACAUAAAGCGACUGAGAGUAAAACGCCGACUAACUCCUCUCGUGCUGGAAAAAUAUUGGAGUCAGAACAACAAAAUGAGGAGAAGAAGAAGCAGAAAGCCAAGAACCAAGACAACCCACUGUCCAGAAUCCCGGGGCUCAGGGACGCCAGCAAGAAGCAGGCCAAGAUCAUUCCGCUACACAGAGACCUACAUCCUUGGCACCACACCGUGGACACUAUGAACUUCAGAUACAUCGUGGACUCACAUCUGGACUGUGCAGAGACCGAGCUGAACAAACCAAUUGAAAUAUUCAAUAAGCUGAUGGAGGAUUAUGAGCAACAGUUCACUCCACGUUGGCUGGGAGUACCAGGAGACGACCACACACCAAGUGUUGGGGAGUGGGAGAUUUACCUAACAGACAACAGUUCAUUUAUCUUCUAUGGAAUGGAAAAAUUCAUCAACUACAUUCCUCCCUCUAAACUGUCAGCAUUAAACAUCCCAGACUGCUCUAUAAUUUACUUAUAUUGUGAUGACCCUGCCCCUUUUUAUACCCCCCGAACGAAGUUCAGGGGGGUAUAAAGGAAUCACUCUGUCUGUCUCUCCGUCUGUCUGUCUGUGCAGAUUCGUGUCUGGGCCAUAACUUCUUUGUUCUUUGACAUAGGCAUACCAUAUUUGACACAUGAGUGUAUCACCAUGAGACGAUUUGUCAUGUACCUUCAGGACCUCCAUAUGACCUUGACCUCAAGGUCAAAAUUAAAGGUUUUUACAAUGGAUUCGUGUCAGGGCCAUGACUUCUUUGUUCUUUGACAUAGGCAUACCAUAUUUGACACAUGAGUGUAUCACCAUGAGAUGAUGUGUCGGGUACCUUCAUGACUUCUAUAUGACCUUGAACUUUGACCUCAAGGUCAAAAUUGAUUAUAGGGUUUUGACAUAGUCAUACCAUAAGACAUAGGUGUCUCACCAUGAGACUAUGUGUCAUGUACAUUCAUGACCUCUUUAUGACCUUGACCUUUGAUCUCAAGGUCAAAAUUAUAGGGUUAUGCCAUGGAUUUGUGUUCGGACUAUAUCUUCUAUUUUCUUCUACAAAGGCAUACCAUAUUUUUACACUCAGGAAAGAGGUAAUUUAUACCUAUUAACAACACCCUUUGGGAGAUAGGGGUAAGCGGGGGGUAUUCUUAGUGAGCAUUGCUCACAGUACCUCUUGUUUCAGACUGCUCUAUAAUUUACUUAUAUUGUGAUGACCCCACCCCUUUUCUUUUCAGACUGCUCUAUAAUUUACUUAUAUUGUGAUGACCC